AGGUUUUUGUAAUUUUAUGAUUUCGGUCACACUGUCUGACUGAUUUUAAACAUUUACAUAUAUUCAAAUCUUUUUUUGUGGCAUAAAAGUUAAGUUACACAAAAUUUUAAUUAAUGUGGGGACGUGGCUAGUUGACCUCAGCAGUGGAGCAAGCUAAGUUUUUUCCAAAACCAAUAUGGAGCUGACUGGAUGGGUUAAAAACUAUGAUUGGGGCAAACAGGGCAUUCAAUCGGCCGUUGCCCAAUUGGCCAUGGCGAACGAUCCCGACUUUGUGCUGAACGAGACGGAAACCUAUGCUGAAAUGUGGAUGGGAACCCAUUUCUGUGGCGUUUCCAUUGUGAAGGAAACGGGCGAAACUCUGGAUCGUGUGCUCAAAAAAGAUCUGCCCUAUCUCUUUAAGGUACUGAGCAUUCGAAAAGCACUCAGCAUUCAGGUGCAUCCCAAUAAAUGUGAAGCGGAGCGUCUGCAUAAAGAGCGCCCCGAUGUCUACAAGGAUGACAAUCACAAACCAGAGCUGAGCAUUGCUAUUACGCCUUUCUUGGCGUUGGUUGGGUUCCAGCCAGUGGAGGAUAUCAUUGACAACAUUGACGAGUUCCAGCCGCUGACUGAGCUCAUAGGCCAGGAGACUGUGGAUGAACUGCACGAAAAGCGUAAUUCGGAGACACUGAAGAAUUGCUAUGAGAUCAUGAUGCGAGCUGAUGAUGCGUCGAUUUCCAAGUGCAUCAAAGCGAUAGCCAAGCACAAUAAAUCAGAGCUGAAGCGUAAUGAGUUGCUGGACAUUUUCAAUAAGGUUAAUCAGGACUUUCCCGAUGAUGUGGGCGUCUUAUGUCUGUUCUUCUUGAAUCUAGUGCGCUUGCAACCCGGUCAAGCCAUCUAUCUGGGCGCCAAUGAGAUUCACGCCUAUUUGGAUGGCGAAUGCGUGGAGUGCAUGGCCUGCUCUGAUAAUGUAAUACGAGCUGGACUCACACCGAAAUACAAGGAUGUGGAACAAUUAAUCUCCUCGGUGAUAUUUGAUGGGGCAGCUGCCGAUGCCAAGCUGUUUAUGCCAUACCGUAUCGAUGAUACUGUUCAGGUGUUUGUGCCACCUGUUGAUGACUUUGCCGUGAUGCAUGUUGGUAUCAAGCACAGCGUGUGUUCGUAUAAGCUGCAGAUACAAGCAUAUGGUUCCAUACUCCUUACUUUGGCUGGCAGUCGCAUACUCCGCCUAAAGACCGACAAGGGGGUGAAGGAAAUAACUUUAACGCGCGGCAGCAUUGUUUACAUUCCGGUUGAAGCGGCGCCAGAAAUUGAAUUCCUGCAGACAGAGGAUUGUGACGAAGAUUUUACGGCUUACAUAGCCACAUAUAACUAUUUCAGAAGAGCAUAAUAAUAAUAAUAAAACAAGACGAUUUCUUGGUGGUGAA